UAAACUGCCGUCACCGCGGUGCAGUGCGAAGCAGACGGACGGUGAUUGAUUGCGGGGCAGUUCGCGACCUCGCAUCUGUGACGACAACCCAUCCAUCACCUUCCGACCUUGCCGACAUCCGUAAGCACCAACUGCUUGUCUUGACAUCCGCUCACGUGCUUGUCAAAUUUGUCGGCGGGGAGUUCAGUGACUGCGUGAAGGCUCGAUGAAGUUGCGAAUACGAGAGCGACUAUCUGUGUGCUGAGCACUGUUGGUUGAGCGAGCGCUCCGCGGCAACACAAUGGGAAACAGCUCAUCCAAGGACGAGCAUAAGCCUCCUCGACCGGAGAGCACACGGCAUGUGAGUGGCAGUAGUCGCACUGCUACAGCUACCGCUACUGCUACUGCUACUGCCGAACAAACAUCGCCAUCUCCUGCGCCGGAGCCAACACCAGCUGAUCGUCUGGCGAACCAUAUCCAUAUAGGCCGCGACCGGGACCGCAGCAACGAUGCGGCGCAAUCCGAGCGAGUGCGCGAGACGAAGCAGGAACGCGAUGCACGACGGGCGGAGCGCGAGCGGCAGCUGAGGGCGAAGGAGAGGGAGCGGAGUAUUCGGGAGGAGGGUGUGGAUGGCGGGUACCUUGUGACGCUGGGCACGUAUACAGGCCCAGAAGACUUCAACAAGGGCAUCGUACGGCAACUGCAGAUUGAGCGGCGAUUGGCCCCGUUUUGGAAAGGCCUCAACGACCACUCGGACUCGUGGACAGAAGCACAGCUCGUAGCGGCAGUGCGAGGACUGCCCGUCCCAGCGGCCGACGAGAUUCCGAUUGACAUGGAAAGGACUGCUUCAAUGGCCUCCUCUAACCCGCGGAGUUCCGACGUCAACCUCAACAGCCUAACCGUACCGAUUACUGCCCGCUCUCAGUCCUACCAAUCCGACAAAUCUGCGAAUCUGUCUGCUUCUCAUCCUGCCUUUGCGAGCUCCGGCGCCUCUCCUCCUGCAUCACCUCCGAACAACACGGCUUCUGUGCUUCGAGGCCGCGCCAAGACACUUGCCUCGCUGGCUACUGGAUCUAAAAGCCACUCCCCGGACGCAACGCCACGCGAAAUGCAGCUACCAAAGGAUCCGUACGUCAACGGCCUCCCCAUCGAAGCGUAUCUAUACAGAGAAGCCGCCGAAUGUCCUAUAUGCUUCCUUUACUACCCACCUUAUCUCAACCACACAAGAUGCUGCGACCAAGCGAUCUGUUCGGAAUGCUUCGUACAAAUCAAGCGGCCUGAGCCGCACCCGCCGGAGCAUGAACAGCCCGGCCAGCCAAGGUUGCCAGAGGAAGAAGCAGAGCUGCUCGUGUCCGAAAUUGCAGCCUGCCCAUUCUGCGUGACACCCGAAUUUGGCGUCACGUACGAGCCGCCACCAUUCCGGCGCGGCCUUGCAUAUCCAAACCAAGGGAGGCAACAUCCGCUUCGUAGUCUCAACUCGGCAAUGUCGUCCUCGUCAUCGCUGACCUCAGGCGGACGCCGACGGGCGACAUCAUUGUCUGCCAGCGACAGUCAAGUCAUCACUACAGAUAAGGUACGACCGGACUGGGCGAAGAAGCUGGCAGACGCACGUUCAAAUGCGAUGCGAAGAUCGGCAGCAGCCACAGCACUGCAUAAUGCUGCGUAUGUGCUCGGCAAUCAGGGUGACGGUCAGAUACGUAGCAUGACGUUUGGCAGGCGGCGCAGAACGCUCUUUGGCGACAGUCCGAGUGGUAGCGGGACAGGCACGCCGCGCGGGGGAGAAGAAGGCAACAGCGACCUGUUUCCAGGGCGCUCGAGCUCUCGCCGUACUCGUGUCGACGACCUUGAAGAUCUCAUGAUGAUGGAAGCCAUCCGGCUCUCGCUCGCCGCCGAGGAUGAGCGCAAGCGCAAAGAAGAACAAGAAGCUAAGAAGGAAGCCAAAAAGAAAGCCAAGGACGAGAAGAAGCAGGCUAAGCAAGACCAGAAGCUCGCGAAGAAGCAACGCAAUGGUAGCAGUGGCUCACUCUACCCAGCUAGUACUAAUGAAAGUACGAGUUCGUGGGGUGGCACCAGCAUGGGCCGCUCAACGAGCAAUCUCGGCGUACAACCCUCGAUACCCGAGGAACAGCAGCAGAUGCAAGGCAAAGGAAAGGCUCCAGUGCAGGACUUCGCGGGCUUUGAUCCUUUAACCGAGCCGACAUCCACCCUUAAUACGGAGAUGCUUGACGAUGAAACCCCUUCUCCACAAACGAUACCCGUCAAUCCCAUCGAUGACCCGCAACGCCACCUCGAAGCUUCGCGGGCGAACUUGCAACCAUUCGCUUCCAGUCCCAUUCCAACUCCGAGUGGUGCUCGGUCACCACAUCUGAGGCAGCUAUCUAACGCUUCCUCUGCGGCAUCUUCGUUUGGAGACUCGGCGCCUGGCAGUUUCAUGGCCGCAGCGCAUCUACCUGACCUCGCCGGGACAAGUCACGACGCGAAACUCGCGACGCCGGAACCAGGCACUACACCACUCGCAGAACCGAUGUUCAACUUCCGCUCCCUUGCUGCCAUGAUCGGCGAGGAAGAGGGAGGAAGUAGCGAGCACAAGGCAGAAGAAAGCGAGCAUAUCGAGCACGCUCCUCCUGCCUCCACCGCAGAUGUAGGAGGGCCGAAACACUUAGCAGAUCCGACCACGCCACAGGCAGAGAGCGCCGGUGGCGGCACCCGCAGUCGAGGCGAUAGCGGCGGUUCGAGCGCGAGUGCGCCGCCGCCCAUUUACGUCGAGCAUCCAACCAGCGAUGGGGAUGAGAUUACCCCAGCGCCGGUAAGGAUGCUGCAUGGCGGUGACGACAAGAAGGAAUAUGGGAACGUCAAGGUGCUCGGUCACGAGCACGCGCACAUUAUGCACGAGGCUGCGCAGUAAGAGCGCCUCUGGAGUAACGGCGCGGUACGGUUUGGAAUGGAGUUUAGGAAGGAUGAAAACUUGGUCGUUCUAUAUUCAGCAAAGGCGCCCUUAGGCGUACGAGAGGUAUAAUUAAGUAAUGGCGUUCGUUGGGAUAGUUGUGCUGAUUUGACAGACCGCGUGGCGUUGAUCUUGCAUACGGGACAGCCUUCCAGUAGGAGCAAAGAUUGCUCCUGACUAUUUGUGACGGUUGUAACAUUCACUGGCGGCCCUUGGCCUUCUACCUCUGUGGCAGAUAGAUGGAAAGCAAUAGUCGUCAAGCCAAACC